CGCCAUUCUUCCAUAAUCCCAACGUUUCUGUGGGAAGCCAGCCAGCAGCAAGAGCAGCACAGCACAACACGAUGGCUGGGCUGUAUGGUGGGUAUGGCGGUGCCACUGGCUCUCGGAUGUGGUCUGCGCUGGAGCUGGCGCGAAGGGACCAUCGCAUGGAGUACGCUGUUGACGGCACGCACCAGUAUUUGGCACCAGAGGCGGAGGCCAAACUGUUGGAAGCUCAAACACGUGCACAAAAGCUGGAGGAGGAGGCAAGGUUACACGCCUUCAGAAAAGCCGUGCUGGACCGUGUCCGAGAGCGGGAGGAACAGAAGCGGCAGAAGCUCCUGGCAUUGUCACAGAGGGCCGCACGGCAACAAGCAGAGGUGCUGCGCGUCAACAGCGACUACCAUGACUAUGUGGAACGAAACGCAAAGGCGAUCCACCCCGUGUCCGGCGCUGAGAUGACAGCACAGCAGCGACACCCAACUCGUCACCGAGCUGCAGAGCACCUGAAGCGGCGGUCUGUGUCUGAGGUUGCCGCUGCCAACACCGCGCGGUCUCUCCCUUGCGACACGGCGCAGCGCAACCCCCAUCGACGAACUCCUGCCAGGUUGCGCGGCAUGUGGAACAACGAGGAGCGCCUUGUACAUUGCCUGCAGGCCAUUGAGGCAGAAGAGCACGUGCUGCAACAACAACAGCAGCGUCAGCAGCACCUGAACGACAGCGGAUUUGGCGAUGAAGGCGAUGUUGAUGACGAAGAUGAUGAAGUGACAAAGGGAUCCUUGCAGGGCGAGCAGCCGUGGACGGACUGGCGUGACGACAUGGUGCACCCGUUUUGGGAUACUGGCGCCGUUCGUCAGGAGCUGGAGCGCCAGAAGAGGGCGCAGUUUGGCCUGUACAGGCGUGUGUACAUGGACCGGGAGCGGGCGCAGGUACGCGCGCACCGCCAGCAGACGCAGCACGCGGCAGAGAUUGAGGAGAUGAAGAAGUGGCGCGAACUGCACCGGCGCAUGCACGAGAACUGA